AUGAGAGGCCGUGGCGGGGCCGUGCCCAUGACUCAGGCCUCCAUCCGGCGUGCCCUGCCCCUGCCAGGUUGGCCGGCCUCGCAGAGGGCAGGGGAGGACGGUGGCAUCUGUGGACUGUACCCCUUCUCCAAAAUCGCAUAUCUGCUCACCUGCCGCCUCCCCCACCCUGGAGCAGUUCCUCGGGACUGGCUGAAAGCUGGUCUCCUGGACUAUGGUCCUCAAUCGGGACACCGGGGCCAAUGGUGUCCCCGCUGCUCACACCGCGGGGAAGCGGCGGAGAAGGGAGUCAAGCCGGAUCUGAGUUUCCAGCUGCCCCGAGUGCUUCUGCGGGAGUUCACCGUUCUCCCGGCGGCAGAAGGUCCCGGGCCGCGGGACCGGAGGCCGCUGGGCGGUUUCUCGGGGGACGGCGCCCUCUAG